UGCGGCAGGGGACCAGACUCUUAAUCUCAGGGCUGUGGGGUUUUGCCCCACAUCCAGCAAAAGUUUUCUACACUGGAUGAGCCUCGUGGUUCCUUCCAACUCUACAAUUUUAUGCAGGCAGGCAGGCAGGAAGGAAGGAAGGAAGGAGAGAACAGAUUGCAGAUCUGGCUGCUGCUUCAUUGCCUUGUUACCCUUUAACCAGGCAUCAGUCAGGGCUGUCAGGUGGAGACAGGCUGCGAAGGGGAGGACAGUGACUCGCUUCAGAGUGUGCCACCAGGAGUUAUGACAUCUGCCUUCCCAACAGGGACUGAAUCUCUUGCCUGUCGGCGACCAAGAUGCUGAAGAAAGUCAUCGGCUGGCUGACGGUCCGAAAUGAAACCAUCCGGCAGGGACUGGCAGAGGCUCUGUCCACCUUCAUCCUGAUGGUUAUUGGACAGGGCUCUGUUGCCCAGGUGGUAAUAGGAAAGAAUAGCUUUGGGGACUUUCUGAGCAUCAAUCUGGGAUUUGGAUUCGGUGUCAUGUUGGGAAUUCACGUAGCUGGUGGAAUCUCAGGUGCUCACAUGAACGCAGCAAUUACAUUUGCAAACUGUGUCGUGGGGAAUCUGCCAUGGUACAAGCUUCCGGUGUAUGUGAUUGGCCAGUUCGUGGGAUCCUUCUUGGCUUCUGCUACGACAUUUUCACUGUAUUAUGAGGCCCUGAUGGAUUAUACCGGGGGGACCCUGAGCGUUGGGGGACCCACUGGCACGGCAAACAUCUUUGCCACCUAUCCGUCUCCAUACAUGUCGACUUUGGGCGGAUUUAUAAAUGAGUUCAUCACUACAGCUGUGCUAUUGAUUGGAAUCCUCGCCAUCAACGACCUGAAGAAUGCGGGUGCUCUUCCAGGCACCCAUGCCUUGAGUGUUGGGCUGCUGGUUGCGGUCAUCGGCAUGUCCUUGGGGAUGAACACAGGCUACGCCAUUAACCCUUCCAGAGACUUGCCACCAAGGAUCUUCACAGCCGUUGCUGGAUGGGGGCUGGAGGUCUUCAACGCAUCAAAUAAUUGGUGGUGGGUCCCAGUGGUCGCACCGAUGUUGGGAAGCCUCCUUGGAAUUUUCAUCUACAACAUCUUCAUUGACUUUCACAAUCGCCCUCGGCUGGAUGGGAGCAGGAAGCCAGACUGCGAGGGCGACGAGAGCGGCGAGCAGCGACUGUGAAAUCUGGACUCCCGUCAACCGGAAGCUGAAUUUGGGACUUGGGACAGAUCCAUAGCAGAAAGCUGUCUGCUGUCGCCACAGUGCCCAAGAGCGUGCAAGCAGAUAUCAAUCUAUGUUCUUAGCUAAUAAACAGAGGACACUUUUUUUAGGGGAUAAAUAAGGGAAGGCUGGAAGGUGUAAGUUCCUGCCCGCCCUGUGCUCUUCUCACUCAGCUGCUGCCAGUGAGCUCAUGUAAGAGCCUUGCAAAAAUCCCUUUAGGCAGGGAUGCUCAAGGGGUGUGCUGUGAGACGCUGCCUUUGAAAAAUACACCAUCGCUUUAGUACUUUCAGUUGUUAUAGACUGGUUGACCCAGCUUUUUCCUUGUAGACAGAAGUAGCCCCAACCACCCUCCGCCGGUGCACUCAAUUAGACAGGUGCAAUUUGUGAACUAUGUGCAACAAUUGUGGAAAGAUGCAGGAGAAUUUCUAGGCUUGGCUAUGACGUACAAUCAGGUGUAAGACUCCUGGCUGCAUCUGCCUGCUCUCUGCCUUAAGGAGAAGCACUGCUGUAAGACACAGAAACACCCUCUUCCUGUCACUACCAUUUAACUCUUCAAACAAAUUCAAAUUCUUCAAAACCCAGGAGGUUACAAGCUGCCCUUCCUUAGAGGUUGGAUGGCCCUGUGUCAUGGAUGCUUUAGUUGAGAUUCCUGCAUUGUAGGGGGUUGGACUAGAUGACCUGUGGCUCCCUUCCAACUCUGCAAUUCUGAUUGUAGGAAACCUCAUCCCAAGGCAGUUUGGGAUGGUGUUCUGGAUGCCGCCUGCAUGGCCAAAGGUCAGGGGAUGACGGGAGCUGUAGCCCACAAUCCUGACUGGUGCCACUGCCACUAGAUCCCCAGCAGAGAUCCUUCCCAGACCCUUUCCCCUUUAACUAGAGAUGUUCGCAAACGAACUAGGGCCACCUGCAUACAAUGGCUGCCCCCUUCCCUUGAUGGUUCCAGCGGCAAACAUCAAACCGCCAAACUCUCUUUCCGCAAUUGCUCAAAUUGCAGAUUGCGUUUCUUUCAUCUGACGCCGUGUCAAGGACGAUUGGGACACAAUUCACGUGUGAUUUGGUUUAAGACUUGGAAAGUGAUCGGCUCUCAGCCUGGUGCACUUCUAGCUGUUUUGGACUACAACUCCCAUCAGUGCCAUAGAAAGGUUGCUCAAAGGAUGCUUCCCAGGGGAGGGGUGCUUCCUCCCACCCUUUGUGCACUUUAGCUCCUCAGUCUAGACAGGAAAGGGGAUUCCCAGGAGGAAUCCCCCUUAGCCAGCCAUUGCAUUACGAUCCCUAGACAGGCUUGGUAUACCUGAAAGAGCAUCUCCACCCCCAUCACUCAGUCCGGACACUGGGGUCCUCCUCUUGAAGGUCUCUGGUGGUUCCCUCACUGCAAGAAGUGAGGCUACAGGGAAGCAGGCAGAGGGCCUUCUCGGUGGUGGGGCCAACCCUGUGGAACACCCU